AUAUCCUCUUGCCAUAAAAUCCCAGUCAUAUGUAAAACCAUGUAGCUGAAUGAAGGUGCUAGUGAACAGUGCUAGAAAUCAGAUGGGUUUCAUCACAUGAGGAGAAAUGUCCUGAAGGUAAGUUUCAACACAACACAAGCCCAAUGUUCUCAUUAAUGAAACUUCCAGUUUCUACUCCAUUUAGCCGCACUGUGUGUGCAUGUUUCUGGACUGACUGAGCGCUGGCAGGCGGGCAGGCUGGCUACAGUGAGUUGCCUCUGAAAGUGAAAAGACGGUGAAAGUGAAAGGAGGGUUACAUAUCUGUGAAAAAAGCAGUGCCCACACAGACAAGACAACAGAGGGAGAGAGAGGCCCCGGGUCGAGCUUGAAGGCAGCAGCAGCAGCAGCUCAGCAGACUCAGCCAUGGCGAACAUCGCGGUCCAAAGGAUCAAGCGGGAGUUCAAAGAAGUUCUCAAAAGCGAGGAGACAAGUAAAAACCAGAUAAAAGUAGAUUUGGUGGAUGAGAACUUCACAGAGCUGAGAGGCGAGAUAGCAGGUCCUCCAGAUACACCAUAUGAAGGUGGCAGGUAUCAGCUUGAAAUAAAAAUUCCAGAAACAUAUCCUUUUAACCCACCAAAGGUGCGCUUCAUCACGAAGAUCUGGCACCCUAAUAUCAGUUCUGUGACAGGAGCAAUAUGUCUGGACAUAUUAAAAGACCAGUGGGCAGCUGCUAUGACCCUUCGGACGGUGCUGUUGUCUCUACAGGCUCUGCUUGCUGCAGCAGAACCAGAUGAUCCACAGGAUGCAGUAGUAGCAAACCAGUAUAAGCAGAACCCAGAAAUGUUCAAACAGACUGCGAGGCUGUGGUCUCACGUCUAUGCGGGCGCUCCUGUCUCCAGUCCUGACUACACACGCAAAAUAGACAAACUCUGUGCCAUGGGCUUUGAUAAGAAUGCAGUAAUAGCGGCCUUGUCCUCAAAAUCCUGGGAUGUGGAAACGGCAACAGAGCUGCUCCUUAGCAACUGAAACCCAACCAGAUGUGAGGAUCCCAAACUCCCUUCAUCAUAGCAUCAGCUCCUCCCCCAGCGCCAUUCCACCAUUGCCUUUUGUUACACAGACAGCACCCCCCAUUCGCCACAGCAGCCUGAGCCUUCUUUUAUCACAAGUUUGUUCGCUACAAACUCAACACCGGUAGCACUGCAGUCGCCAAUAUGCACACCGCCCUAUUGCCUGUCUGACCCCAUCUGUCCAUCGUGCUAUGAGUCUUUUCUUCCACUAACUAAAAUGUGUAUCCCUGUAAUAAGCCCAAAAACCCUUGCAGUCACACAUCUUGUCUUCCAUGCCCUUAAUCAUAACUUUUUUUCUUGUUUCUGUGUUCCUUAAUAUUGCAAAGACUCAAAUAACUGCCACUGCCUGGUAGAAUUUCCAGGGUGAAAUGUGAAGGAAAUCCUGCACACUGCUCUCACAGUACAUCAUGUACUCCUUCAGUGGCAAGUUGUAUUUCUGUCACACAGUUAUGGACAUUUCACGCUGAAGGUAUAGCUGGAUUAAUUACUUGACUGGAUCAUGUUCUGCAUGAGCAGUGUAAAGGAUUUUCCCUCAACAGUUUACCAUAGAUGCUUCAAUCAUCUGCAGAGGUUUUCUUUUUCUUUUUCCUGUCUGUGGAAUUAGAAAAGGUCACACAGACGUCCUCUGUCACCUGCACACAUGCACAGAAGAAAAAAGUUAUCUGUAAAUAGAUAGUGUAAAUUUGAAAAUACAAUGGGGAUAUACUUUUUUUCUUACAUGGCAUUGUAAAACAAAUUAUUUUAAAUAUAAACUAUGCCUAGUUUACAAUGAUAUGGGGAGAUACCUUUUUAUGCUUUUGUGAUCCAUGAGAAAUCCCUCUGAAUGUCCUGUUGUUGGGUUUUUCUUGUUUUCUUUUCUUGAGAUCGUUUAGGGGUGACACAGCCAAUAUAUCCUAGCCCUAACGGCGUAGGAGGUGACAGCCAGCUCAGGCCCCUGAAGAUCAUUACACACCACCUCCUCUGCCACAUAAUCCAUUCUUUUCUUGUCCCUGCAUGUUCCACGCUGCCUUUCUUUUAUUUGGCCAAAUGACGUGGUCAUGGGACGUCUGUCCGAUUUAACAUCCCGUCAGACCUGUGGGACUCGUGAGACUCUUUCGAAUUUAUAGAAAGAGCCACCUGGACCCUCUGCUCGGCAAUCCACUCGGCACACACCCAUUUCGGCAUGAUACCUGUAGGGAACCAAGCCUUUUUUUUUUUUCCCUCGUUAAUUUUACAAGUAUGUUGCUGGAAAAUUCUCUUAUGCUCUGAACAGGUUUUUUUCCUGGAACAUUUACUGGACAACACCUCAAGAAAUGAGUGACUCUGAAUGUUAAGGUUUUGAGUUUGCAAUGCUGUGGUUCUUUUUUUUUCCACUCAUUUCACAGCAAUCAGUAUCAACUAUAGACACGUUCUUUUUAGCCACGGAGUAAGGAUGAGCUCACCUUCUAUCAGUCCUGAUGUUGGAUCACUGAUCCAAUCCAGCAGCACUUAAUCAAUACUUUGGCCAUAUAUACAGGUGUAUAGGUGACACCCUAUAUUCCGAACAUGCUUUAUUACUCAGCCAAAUAAAAUGAUCAUCGAGGUUGUCUUUGAAUGAUGUCUUUCGAGUAGUUAAAGAGGCUGGAACUCCUAUUAUUUUAUGAAGCAGAUAGCAGGCCUUCAGUGUUUUCACACAUGCUGAUUUGAGGUACAAGGACUAAAGAACUGCUUAGCCUAUAGAGAAGCGAGGUGUUGAUGCAUCCUCACACACAGCCUUUUUAUUUUUUUAAGAAUUAUUUCUUUUGCUUGCCCUCCAGCUCAGUCUCUACCAACACAGCGGCAUAUUACAGUACUACAUGGCGAUAUCGUGUACCUUCUCCGUUGAUGAUGAACCAUUUCCAGCCAGAGCCAAAAAAACCAAACAUUAAAGUUCAUGGUCAGCGGUAGAAAGCAUACACCAUCUCUUUUACUUGUAAAUAGUGAGGCUCUUGAUUUAAAAAAAAAAAAAGGCCUCCUCGUUAUCACUAGAGUGCACCAUUGAUGGCUGGAUCUAUAUUUUGUAAGAAAAAAGGACAAAAAAAAGGAUAAAGAGGCCCUCUCCCUGUCUUCCUGAUGUUCUCACUAUGUACAACAUUGCACGAUGACAAAGCAUAAAAAAAGGGGCUGUUGCAUCUCAGUUUCUCCAUUCGGAUCGAGACUUAUUUUCCUCUUUUGUUUCUUUGGAAGCAAGCAUCAGCAGUAUAAAAAGCAUGGUUAUUUAUUGUGACAGUGUCAUGUUUCUUUGAUUAAAAAAGGAAAAUCAA